UGUUUUUGAUUUUCAGUAAAAGCUAACGUCAGAUGGAUUCGUGUAGCAACCAACAGGACUGUUGAAGAACUUAUUUACGACAGUAACUACAAACAGCGUGAUUUUUAUCACCGGCGGAAGCUCAAACUAUUCAUUCCCGAUUGAAUGGUUUGUUAUUUUCGAGUUUUGACCUCAUCAAAUGUACGCUGUACAGACGGAACAUGGCUUCUUGGAUUGACCUGGCUUAUUGUCGAGCACCCCUGCGUUGUUAGAAGUACACAGGUACGCGUAUCCAACAGUUCGCGACUGAGAUGCGUCAACUCAUGUGCCGAGUUGUCAUGACUCUUGUUGUCACGGCACUGUUGGUGGAUGCCACAAGGAUCAGGAAUAGAAGUACAAGAGCAAUUCGGAACGAGUUAAAGGUGAAGGAGCGAGCGUGGAGGACAGCCUGUGAACGACACAACUGCACAUCGAAGAUCCAAUGUCCGUAUGCGAAUGGUUGGCAUAUCCUUGGGUCUGACCUUGGCUGCUGUGGCAACUAUGGCGGGUGUUGUCAGCUGGCGUCAAUCGUCUGCUGGGCUCAUGACCUGUUCUGCAAAUGCUGCGAUUUCGGUGUGUUCAUCUGCGGGCCGCUAUGUGAAAAAGACCCGGAUUGCCCCGUGGAAGAAGGCAGUGGAGAGAUCCACGACGCAAAGGAGAACAUAACUGGGGUAUGAAGUACAGACAUAUACAGUGAACUGUAUCGCGCUAAAUGUCAGCGAACUCAGGUACAGGCGUACGAAGCUGAAACCUAUUACGUUACUUCAUACGGUCAGCGACGAGCUGCAGUUUGUUUCUUUUUGUUCAACGACCUACUGUUUCUUGGAUAAGGACGAUUAGAUUCAGUGUGUGAUCUGUCUGUGCCGUACUCACAACGUAUGACACGGAAUAGUCUAAAACAGUCAAACUCCAUAGUCCCGACCCCGUUAAUCUAGAACCUCCCUAUUACGGCGACUUUUGAUAUGAACACCAAUGACAUCCGGAUAUAUACUACUCAAAAGAAGUUAAAGAACACCCGAUUUUUUAAAUAUGACUAUAGUUAAUCUGUCACAGCUAGUGGGUAUUGCAACACACAGCCUUCCACUUAUGGGUGUUCUUUAACUUGUUUUGAGCUGUAUAUUUUACUCAGGACGAUAGUUCAGUGACCAUUACCGGAUCCUGAUCUGAAUUAACUGGGUUUUAAAAAUAUCUGUAAACGGUGUAUUUACUAGCGAUUUAUGAAUUAUUCUUGGUGGUUUAUUUGAGAUUUAUUUAUGGAAAUGAAUGAAUAAUGAAUAAAUUAUUCCGAAUUGGCA